CUCGAUUCACAGAUCUCCACCAAUCAGAGCGCAAGAUUUCGCUGUUCCGCUUUCCCUGAAAUUCUUUGCUGAUCCGCCUUGAGACAGAGAAUUCAAGAUGGCUGUCUCAGUCUCCAGAUGAGGGCUUCUUCCUGUUUUGCCCAGGUGUGUGUAACUUUCUUGCGGCCGACUGAGUGUCAGUGCUGCUAGUCCCGGACUGCCCCUUUGGAGACACCAUGUCCAACACCUCCUCCUGUUCCUCCUCGGGGGAAAACAGCCCAGAUGACACACCCCGAGGUGGGGGCACCAUUCGUGUCUACCUCCCUAACAAGCAGCGGACAGUGGUAAAUGUUCGGCCUGGGCAAACUGUCUAUGACAGUCUAGAUAAAGCUCUAAAAGUCAGAGGUCUCAGCCAGGAUUGCUGUGCUGUCUUUCGCCUUCUUGAAGGCCGGAAGAGACUUACAGAAUGGGACACAGACAUCACACCCCUCGUAGGGGAAGAGCUUCUGGUAGAAGUGCUAGAUGAUGUUCCUCUUACCAUGCACAACUUUGUACGUAAAACAUUCUUUAAAUUAGCUUACUGUGACUUCUGCCACAAGUUCUUGUUCAACGGCUUCAGGUGUCAGACGUGUGGGUAUAAAUUUCAUCAGCACUGCAGCAGUAAAGUCCCUACAGUAUGUGUGGAUAUGGACACCAUGACAAAACGGUGUAUUUCUAACACAGAAGACUGCCCUUCGAUAUUGAUAUAUCCGGCUACCAAUUCCAUAUCAGAUUCUCCUAGAGGGGAAAUGCUGACUUCCGCACCAAGCUACCAAUUGUUUAUGGCCGAGGACAGUCAGUCUCUCCAGAGGCAUCGCUCCACCUCAACCCCCAACGUCCACAUGGUCAGCACGCUGGAGCCUGGCGCUGCUGGCCUCAUGGAGGAGUCGUUCAAAAUCUUCACAAUGGGGCAAGAGUCCUCUCCCAAGCCUUCCACUAGCCCACCCCACCAAGGGUCACCAGGAAGAAGACCCCCCAAAUCCCCUUCUGAGCCCAAGGAACGAAAGCAAUCCUCAUCUGAUGAUAAAAAGAAAGUGCACCGGGGAGGUAACAGAGACUCCAGUUACUACUGGGAGGUGCACUCGCGGGAGGUGACCAUUCUGAAGAGGAUUGGAGCAGGGUCUUUUGGGACCGUCUUUAAAGGCAAGUGGCAUGGAGACGUGGCUAUCAAGAUUCUUAAAGUGACAGAGCCCACACCGGAGCAGCUCCAGGCCUUUAAAAAUGAGAUGCAGGUUUUACGAAAAACACGCCAUGUCAACAUUCUGCUGUUCAUGGGCUUCAUGACGAAGCCUAAUUUUGCCAUUAUCACGCAGUGGUGUGAAGGGAGCAGCCUUUACCGGCACCUGCAUGUUACUGAGACCAAGUUUGAAACGAUGCGCCGUAUUGAUGUUGCUCGCCAGACUGCACAGGGCAUGGAUUAUCUUCAUGCCAAGAAUAUCAUUCAUCGGGACUUGAAAUCUAAUAAUAUCUUCCUGCACGAAGGCUGGACGGUAAAGAUCGGUGACUUCGGGCUGGCCACAGUAAAGUCUCGCUGGAGUGGCUCUCAGCAGGUUGAACAGCCCAGUGGCUCCAUCCUGUGGAUGGCCCCCGAGGUGAUCAGAAUGCAAGACACUAACCCAUACACCUUCCAGUCAGAUGUGUAUGGAUAUGGAGUGGUGCUCUAUGAACUGAUGUCUGGGACUUUGCCUUAUUCGAAUAUCAGCAACCGUGAUCAGAUUAUUUUCAUGGUGGGUCGUGGGUACUUGUCUCCAGACCUCAGUAAAUUAUGCAGUAACUGCCCUAAAUCCAUGAAGAGGCUCAUCGUCGACUGUCUGAAAUUCAAACGUGAUGAACGGCCACUCUUCCCACAGAUCUUGGUGGGCAUUGAGCAGGUCCAGGAUCUGUUGCCAAAAAUCGAGCGGAGUGCCUCUGAGCCCUCUCUACACCGUGCUGUAAACGCAGAAGACCUAAACCCGCUGCUUCUUCACACCACACGCUUCAUGCCUCUGUGAGACUGCCGGAGACGAUCUGCUCCUCUCCCAAAAUGCCAUGCAGUGUCAUUCCCAGCAUGGAAUCUAGAGUUCCUCUCAUUAUUCCACACAAUCCUGAGAGCGCCCUAAUUACUUCAUUGAUCCUACAUGUAGUCAAACCCACACAUCGUCACAUUUAUCCACUCGUUCACAUUCCCGCCCUCUUUUCUGUUCCAGCUGCUUCUCUGUAAAGCUGCCUGUAGAGAAUGUCCGAGUCUGUCUGGACCAGCUGCUUUAUAAAACAGAAGCAGGAAAUAAGCUGCGCUCUCUUAGUACACUCAUUGGAUUUUGAAAUCCAAGCAUCAUAUCAGCACAAUCUUAAUAACCUCCUUUUUUGAGGUAUAUUUUAAAAUGUGUUAUGGUUGCUUGCAAUGUUACCUUUUUUAAUUUUAAGAUGAAAGUAGCAUUUUACUUUAGAACAAGCAAACUAGCAUGGAGAUUUUUUGUUCCCUCUCCCUGUUCUCCUUGCGUGAAUUUCCUCGGCCAACAAUAGCACAAUGCGAUGACUUGUAUUUAUCUACAUUAGUCACAGAGACUCUGCUCACAGAUUGGUUUGCAGUCAGUUGUUUUUAAGUCCAUGAUCAUACAAAUGAUCAUACGCCCCAUUGCAGUUGUUUGGGUGUAUUUUUAAUUCCGUUAUUUUUCCAAUAGAAAAUAUUUGCUUAAACUCUUAACUAGUGUCUGGAUCUGGUUGGAUUUACAUGUGACUUGUUUUGCCCUUAAUUGUGUUGUCCAUUUCAAAAACGCCUCUGAUUUGGCGCUAUCUUUGGGCUUCCUCUGUAAGUUGGUCAGCUUUAAAUUGUGUGUAGAAGAAAAUGGCACAAAUCAUGUUGGAAUUCUCAAAGCAGUUGUGCAGUUCCUGAAUUGAUGGGGAAGGAAGGAUUUACGUUUUUCUUUAGUUUCUUUGAAAUGAGUACAUUUGUUUUCUCAAUUUAGAAAUGAAUGAUUUUUUUCAUUUUUAAAAUGUUGCAUCUUAAAACGGAGUAAAAAUUCACAAACUAAAAUGGCACAUGAUUGACCAUAAGCAAGACAAGCAUUUAGUACUUGCACUUCAUCCCAGUCUGUCUUCUGAACGAAUGUAUUGUGUUUGCAUGUGGUUCUGUUAACCGGUCGCCUUUCUCUUGGUGUUGGGACGUUUGUACAGUAGCUCACACUCAGAGAUACUGAAGAGGGUGUUGAUUUUGUUUUGCAUCUCAAAACUUAAGUGUCAUUUUUAAGUGUCUGAAAACAAUGUCUAUAAAUGUUCUUAUAUUUCACAUUCACAACAGCUUUAAAAUACAGGCUGCUAACUUUAGAUCCACUACUGGACCCUGGUUAGUCGACUAGUUUUAGUCUUGAGUGAGAUGAUCAAACUUGAGAUGCUCUUUUGCUUCUGCAAUUCUCCUAGGUCUUUGAUAAGAGCAGUGAGGACAGAAACUUUGCAGCAUUUCUUUCAGAUCAAAUUAGUGGCAGCGCAGGGUGAGAGCGUGCUUCUCAAUGCCGUAUUCUUUUUUCAGGUGGUUUGUUUUAUUCUAUAAACUCAAAAGCAAGUCUUUGCAAAACAGUUGUGCUGUUUAACCGCAAUAUUAAAGUUCCUUUCCUCCCAUUCAGCUGGUUUCAAUAGGACUGACUGAAACCUACAAUGAUGGGGCCUUAUGUGAGCUAGAUCUUCCAUCCGUCCUUUUAAUGGAGUCUUAAUAUAUCUAACUUAUUGAUUCAGAACUGACACUCGUACUAAAGGCAGAGCUUUGGUUCUUAUUAAGCAAUAUUUGAAUGGGGCUGGGUCCCCAGUUGAGCUGUACUCAUUCCAAAUGUGCGAUUCUUUGUCUUUUGUUCAUAAGAGAUCGUUUCACAUCCCAUCAGUGACUUAUUAGAAAUGAAUGUGUUGGAGUUUCGGACAAACCUUGCUAUCUUUAUAUACUUCUGUUUAAUUACACACUUCCUCUGUUAUUAGCAGGGCUGAAGUGCUCCUGGACUCUUGUAGAAUGAUUUUGUGGUACUGCAGGUGUAGAAUUGUCCUAACAAACCAGUGGUAAUAAUAUUGUUCAGUAGAAAAUGAGGUAAUUGAGAUAUCAAGCGUUUGUAGAUGGCACUAUAUGCUUUUCUCUGUUCAUAACGGAUGAGAAAGCAGGAUUGUCGGUUUAUUUUUGUAUAGAUUUGGAUGCACAGCUAGUUCUAUUAAGAAUUAUGAUGAUAUUAUAUGGCUUUAAAACAACAGCCAAGAAACCUUUAUAGAAUUAGACUCUGGUUUAGGAACUUUUUUUUUUUUUUUGCCAAAUUCCAGCCUUAUUUGUUGUAUGAGAAACCAUAACUGGUCCUAGAUCAUUAGCACAGUAACUACUUCUGCCAACUUUGGAUAGUUUCAGCAUUGUCUUAAAGGCUUUAACGUCCCUCUUGAUACAUGUGGGACAAAUACUUUUUCCCUUCUAUCUUUGAAAGCACCUCAUUUGUUCAAAGCACACUUUUAUGGUUUCCAUUAAGCCCAAAAUAUGAUAAGUCUAUGAGAUUCAGUUUCUGCUUUGGCACAAGGGCACGAAAGCAAAAGGGUGAAAUUUUAGAUCAAUAUACGACCCGCAAUUUUUUUUUCAGAACAGAAAAUCUAAUGAAAGAUCAGUUUUGUUUAAAAGGAUUAGUUUUGCAUAUUUUAGGUGAACUGCAAUAAUGUCUGUAUAGAUGAUGAUAGGGGUGUUUGCGAAAAAUGGUGUAUUCUGCCGUGUACAGUUUCCUUAUUUUUUUUUUCUUUUUUUUUUAAGAAAAGAUCACUUUAAAUUGUAUUUGUUUCAGUUUUUUUGUGCGAUGGUUCAGAAAGAACAAAAUUAUUUUAAAACAUGUAAAGGAAAUCUUAGUAUUUUUAGUUCGUUUUUUUGAGGGGGAUGGGGGGUGGGGUGGGUCUUAAAUAUUGUGGAGACAGGAUUUUGUUCGAAAAAAUAAAAGUUGAAUUC